AGAGCAUCUAGAAACUGUCAUGGCGGCGUUAUGUUUCUUUUGUGCUCGCCACUAACUUGACAAUUAGCUUUUCCGCACUUGUGCUUCUUAGAACUUAUAAUCACAUCUAAAUAUAAUUUUGUUAUUUACAUUUUGUAAAUAGCAGCUAUUUGUUCUCAGCCGGCUAGCUAACUUAGUGUCGCUGUGCUGUUUCCAGUCAUGAAGACAGUUUUGAUGGUGGCGGAGAAGCCGUCGCUGGCUCAGUCAAUUGCCAAAAUCCUAUCUAAAGGCAGCUGCUCCAGUCGCAAAGGUCUCAACGGAGCAUGUUCGGUCCACGAGUACAUGGGCACUUUCUCAGGCCAGAGCGUGCGCUUUAAGAUGACAUCGGUGUGUGGGCACGUGAUGAGUCUGGAUUUCAUAGGGAAGUAUAAUAACUGGGACAAGGUGGAUCCAGCUGAACUCUUCACUAAAGCCCCUACUGAGAAGAAGGAGGCCAACCCCAAACUCAACAUGGUCAAGUUCCUACAGGUUGAAGGCAAGGGAUGUGACUACGUGGUUUUGUGGUUGGACUGUGACAAAGAGGGAGAGAACAUCUGCUUUGAGGUCCUGGACGCCAUUGAGCCGGUGAUGAACCGUCCAUACGGCAGUGAACGGACCGUCUACCGAGCCAAGUUCAGCUCCAUCACCGACACAGACAUCUGGGCAGCCAUGAAUAAGCUGGGAGAGCCCAACCGUAACGAGGCUCUGUCCGUAGACGCCCGGCAGGAGCUGGACCUGCGCAUUGGCUGUGCAUUCACCCGGUUCCAGACCAAGUACUUCCAGGGUAAAUAUGGUAACCUGGACUCAUCCCUGAUCUCCUUUGGGCCAUGUCAGACCCCCACACUGGGCUUCUGUGUGGAGCGCCACGACAAGAUCCAGUCCUUCAAACCAGAGACCUACUGGGUCAUACAGGCUAAGGUUUUCAAAGGGAAAGAGUCUCCACUGACUCUGGACUGGGACAGGGUGAGGGUCUUUGACAGAGAGGUGGGACAGAUGUUUGUCAACAUGACUAAGACCUCCAGAGAGGCCAAGGUGGAGUCGGUGAGUAAGAAGGAGAAGGCCAAGCAGAGACCUCUUGCCUUGAACACUGUGGAAAUGCUUCGAGUGGCCAGCUCCUCUCUAGGAAUGGGUCCACAGCACACCAUGCAGAUAGCAGAGCGUCUGUACACCCAGGGUUAUAUCAGCUACCCCCGUACUGAGACCAACCACUACCACGACAACUUUGACCUGAAGGGGACACUCAGACAGCAGGCUAACAACCCCUUCUGGGCCCAGGAGGUGAAGGCUCUGCUGUCAGAGGGACUGAACCGUCCCAGGAAAGGAGCGGACGCAGGAGAUCACCCUCCCAUCACCCCCAUGAGGGCUGCCUCCGAAGGAGAGCUAGGAAGUGACGGGUGGCGUCUGUAUGAGUACAUUGUGCGUCACUUCAUCGCCACGGUGAGCCAGGACUGUAAGUACCUGCAGACAACCAUCUCCUUCACCAUCGCCUCCGAGGGUUUCUCCUGCAGUGGCAAGACACUCAUAUCGCCUGGCUUUACGGAGGUGAUGCCGUGGCUGGGUAUCCCUCUAGAAGAGGCCAUGCCAGUGUGUGAGAGGGGAGAUGUCUUCACAGUGGAGGAGAUUAAACUAGUGGAGAGGCAGACCAGCCCUCCAGAUUACCUUACUGAGGCCGACCUCAUCACACUGAUGGAGAAACACGGCAUAGGUACUGACGCUAGUAUCCCGGUCCAUAUCAACAACAUCUCUCAGAGGAACUAUGUGACGGUGGAGAACGGACGCAAGCUCAAACCCACCAACCUGGGCAUCGUCCUGGUGCAUGGAUAUUACAAGACAGAUGCUGAGCUGGUGCUGCCUACCAUCCGUGGUGCGGUAGAGAAACAGCUGAACCUGAUUGCUCAGGGCAAGGCCAACUACCAACAGGUUCUGCAACACACACUGGACAUCUUCAAGAGGAAGUUCCACUACUUCUUUGACACCAUCGCUAGUAUGGACGAGCUCAUGGAGGUGACGUUCUCUCCCAUCGCUGCCACUGGCAAGCCCCUGUCUCGCUGCGGCAAGUGCCAUCGCUUCAUGAAGUACAUUCAGGUCAGUGUUACAAAACAAAAGGACACUGGGUCAACCCCCAUCUGAUCAAUACUGCUAACCCCCA